ACCAACUUUUGCUCUCUGUUGGAGUCAUCUCAGCCUCGCCGACACUAGCACCAACAGCAAGCGCAUGCUGUAUCCUUUGCGCCCAAGAUUAUUCAUAGACUAUAGAAACGUCUCUCUUUGUAAAUUUCGUCUCGAUUGGAUUAAACCGCCGUCAAGGUUAAUCAUGACCUCACAUGCUCCCGAUAUCGUCACUCUCGACAAUCUGUCGCAGACUAUUACACCCUGGAACCCUCAUGGGGAAAGUCAACUAUAUGCCAUAGUUGAUAUGGGAAGUAAUGGCAUUCGAUUCUCCAUCACAUCACUAGCGCCUCCAUUUACACGCCUCCUUCGUCCCAUCUACUCAACUCGCGCUGCCAUCUCACUAUUUGAUGCACUCAAGAACACACCCCAAGGUCUAGUAUUUCUUCCGGAAACCAUUGCUGCCGUAUCCAAGACACUGGAGCGAUUUCAUCAACUUGCUGUGCGUCAUGGAGUGCCAGCGAGGCACAUCACCAUCCUCGCUACUGAGGCCAUGCGCCGGGCUGACAAUGCUUCUGAAAUGCUCGAGGCAAUUUCAUCCGUGACUAAUGGCCUCAAAGUGAGCAUACUUGAGCCCGCUGUCGAGACCCUCUUUGGCGCUGUCAUGGGCUCUCGCAGUGGUCUCGUUGGCGUUGAAGGUGGCGCUCUGUUCCUGGACCUCGGGGGCGGGAGCGUGCAGAUUACGUGGGUGGACACCAGCAAGCCAAACUACGAGGUAGAUGCUGCCAGAGCUGGAGUGAGUCUGCCCUUUGGAGCUGCGAGAUUAAUUCGCGUGCUGCAAGAGCAGCCAGCCGAUGUUCAGGUUUCUGAGAUAUCAAAGCUUCAAAUCGGCAUGCAACAGGCAUACGCCAACCUCUGCUCCAAGUUCCCUGCACUUAACGCUCUGAAGGCCUCUCAUGACAAGGCUUCUCGCGUGAACGUCUUCAUGUGUGGAGGUGGCUUUCGCGGUUAUGGCAGCAUGCUCAUGCAACAAGAUCCUGUGAGCCCGUACCCUAUUCCCUAUACGAACGGUUAUACGGCUCCAGGCACACUCUUUUCCAAGGUUGAGCACAUGCGUCGCGUCAACGAGGAACACGACAGUAGAAUUUUCGGACUUUCAAAGCGUCGUCGUAAGCAAUUCCCUGCAAUCGCUACCGUCAUUGAUGCAUUGCUCGCUACGGUACCCAAUAUCGGCAACGUGACAUUCUGUGGCGGUUCGAAUCGUCAAGGUGCACUUAUGAUGAAACUUCCGUUCGAAAUCCGCGAGUGUAACCCCCUCAAUAUUCUUGCGGGAGUCACACCAGAUGAGAAACCCGUAUUUGAUGCUGUGUUGAACACGUUGAGAAGUGCUCUUCCUGCAGAGGUCGACUUCUCAUCCUUGCCCAACGUUUUGACUCCUGGGCUGGACUCUCUUUUUGUGCGGGAUAUUUGGACUCGUCAAGGCCACGAUUCGGAUAACAACUCCUCGUUUGUACUGCAUCAUGCAAUUACCCGAGAUGCGGAGGUCCCUGGACUCUCACACACCGGAAGGGCCCUACUGGCGCUUUCAGCCUCAGCUCGAUGGGGAGGCAAUCUAGGGCCCUUGGACUCACAGCUCCAGCAGAGUCUAUCGGCACUUCUUGAGAGCCAGCAUCUUGACGCACCAUUUUGGGCUUCGUAUAUUGGUGCUGUAGCCGGGCUUAUAGCCAUGGUUGUACCAAUCAUCCCGACGACUGCAGAGGAGGUGAAAAAUGCUAUCAGCAUAAAAACACAUCUCAAGAAGGCAGAGGAUAAGAAAGAGAGAAUUGGAUUAACGAUCAGAGUCGCCUCCGCCAACAUAGCGGGUGUCAGUCUAGAAGAUCUCGCCGACAGAGUUGAGAAAACCGCCAAAAAGAAUGGAGGAAAGAAGCCAAGGUACAAGAUAACUGCCCAAGUGAGCCUAUUGCCGUGACACAUUUCGUCAUCAACAUAAACCAACCCAAUACACACAUUUUUUUCCUUCGAUCCACAUUGCUUAAGCCCAUAUGCAGCGAACGUCGUUGUAUUCGUUAUAAAUCAUAAAAGAACCAUCAUAUCAUGCUUUUUUGUUCGUAUUUUGUCUUUUCCAUAUGUUUUUUUUUCUUCCUGUUUUGCCUUUUCGUUCGCAAAUCAUUUUCUGUAAUGACUGGACAUGAUUUGUGCAAUUAUUACGCAAUAUCACGCGAGCUUCCCUUACUCUUGGUACUGCUUCGAGGGCGUCUCUUGGAUGAGAUCUUCUUAAGCUCAUGGUUAACAACCAAGGCGCUUAGUCGCUCGUCAACCUUGUACGACGAACGCUGAAUUCUCUCGUCUGGUGAAAGGUCAGUGGCACGUCCCACAUAAUAAGGUGUUGUGGCCUUACAGAAUUCCUUUCUGGUGUCCAUCAUAUCCUGCGAGAACUGGCGAAUUUUGCUGCUAUGACGAGCAUGAGAAGGAUAAUCCUUGAGCCAGUCCAUUGACAUCUCCAUUCUCUUGGGAGUCUUGAAUUGGCAGUGAUAGAAUAUGGCUAUCAAAGGGAAGAAUCCAUUGUAAAGGUUCUCAAAAGCCCCAACUGCAUAUUAUCAGCAAUGGUGUUUGACCUUCGAGUCAAAUUGUCUUACCAAUAUUCUGAUCUCUCUGGGCACUUGGGUUUCGGGCGAAAUAUCCAUCAUGUGCAAGGACCAAGUCUCUGUACAUGAUCAUGAGUUGCCACAAGCUGGCCCAGACUGCCAUCUUCUCUUGAGCUUUGAGAGACUCUUGUUGCGCCAAGCAGUCUUCGAGGAGCUUGAGGAUAUCGUGCUCAUGGGACACAAGUGCGUUCCAUGCAAUGCGUCUAAGCUCGGCUUGAACAGUAAAGGGGACCUGAGAGAGCUUGUUGGACGAGCUGCAGCAGGUGAAGCGCGGAGCUUUCCAGAUUCUGAAGAAACAAUUCAUUGUGUGGACCUUGGAGACGAGGUUGUGCUACAAUAACAGUUAGUUCUACUGGAUACUGCAAGGAUCAUUAAGAGUGGGUUGCGGGUGUUACCUUUGGAAGUCCCUGGCCGUCCUCAUAAUAUGAGAGCAAAAAGUUUUGCACCAUAUGCUCAAAUCUAGGGCUGCGUUCUCUUCGGAUCUGUGCCUCAACCCAGCGCUGGAGUUCACCAUAAGUGGGAAAUCUAUCCCGCUCAAAAGCAGCGUUUCUUGGAUUCUCAUCGGUUCCAUUCUGAGAAUGGUAUGCUUGGACGGAUGCCCGAAGAAAAGGGGAUUCGGCAUCGCGGGUGAAGAAGAUGACAAUAUCUCUGGGUUUGGCAGUGGGAAAACGAGGCUCAUGAUCAACGACACGCCUCUCUUCCGCAGGGUCGGGUGACCAGACGUCUAAAUAUGAUAUGUCUCAGUGUACAUGUCUCACUUUGAGGCUGGGGGCCAGGGGGGUUGUUCGACAUACCGACGAUGUGACGAAUCACAGGCGGAGCAACCGCAGGGGUCCUACGGGUACAGACUAGGUGUGAGUGGUCUGGGAAGGCCUUACGGCAAUAGGGACAGACGCCACAGUCUUGACACUGGGUAAUGGCUCAGUUCAGUGUUUGUUUCAGAGGGGCAAUGGCCUUGUAUAGGCAUUGUAUUGGAUUGGUUUUCUUACGCGGGUCUUGGAGAUACGGCACGGAAGACAGGCUCCACUCUUGCGGACAUCGGCUGUCUGGUCUGGAUCAGAGAGCUGUCUUGACCUCUUCUCCACAGAACGCUGACGCUUGACACCAGAGGUUGAGUUUGAGGAGGGUGAGUAUGAGUAUGUCUUGGUGUGGCUUGAGCGGCGGGACGAGGACUCGUGUACCUGGAUCUGAUGUGGGUAGCCAUACCCCCGGGGGGCGUGCUUGCUAGGUACGGCCUGGGGGUACGUCCACUUAUCAUCCUGGGCCUGAACCUCUUGGAGGCUGACUCGAGGACGUCGACGGACAUCGUCUACGCCAUCGAAGAAGACGGAGCCAGAGUGAGACGAAGGAGAGGUACUACCACCUCUAACGAGUUCUGGUGGGGUCUGACCCAUGGACUCGGAUGUGGUAAUCCCUCCAUCGUCCGGGCUCAGGCCAGGGGUCAUCCUUAGGUAUUCGGCCUCGCUCCUGUCAAGAGAAAGAUGAUCAAGAAAGGAAGGGAUAUCAGUGAUGAGCGAGGGAAGGUCCCUGUAGCUUAGGCGAGGGGAGCUAGAAGCUCCUGGGUAGUCCUGAGACCUGGUCGAGUCACAGUAGAGAUCCCAGUCAAAGACAGACCUGAAGAGCUCAUCAUAGUCCAGGCCCGGGGAGGUGGGAACACGCGGGUUUUCUUGACCUAUCUGGGACAAGUCCCUGGACGCAAAGACAGCAGCGGAAGCACCUCCUUUAUCCAUAUUGACGACCUGCCUGCCCUGCAAUGUAAUGUACUGUUUCCGGUGUAAGUCACGAGGAGCUAUCUUGGUGGAACCUCGAUGUCUGCGCUGGGCGAAUUGAAGCACGCAGCAAAUACUUGUCAGAAGACGAUAAGGUGAAAAGUUCCAAUGUGCCUGAUGCUUGCGUGCAAGAUUGAGCGAUUCAGAGACACGUCCUGGCACCAGAGAGUUAUAAUUCGGCCUUCCUCGACACUCGUGGUGGACUUGUUCACUUACACCAUCCUCCUCUUCACUUCUCGGUGUAAGACAGGGGUUGUAUUGGCUAGAUCUCACCAAUUUCCACUGUAAUUGACCAAUAAAACAACCUUGUCUUACCGGUUUUCGACUCGAGUUCAGUCCGAGAGAACGCUACGAGUUGCUAGUAGACCUAGAUCACGGGAAUAGUGUAUAUGACUAUUGUUGGGAUGGAGGAGAGGCGAAACUUUAUCGAUGGUAAACUAGACGGCUAGAAUUAUCUAGUGUUGCUGGCGCAAUUGCCUGUUGAGGCUAUCAAACCUCCGUGAUGUGCUGUUGGU